ACCUUAAUAGAAUAAAGUGACGUAAGCAAACAUUACAAAUACGAAAUGAGAAUGAUGACAGAAAUAACUAGCAUGAAAGUUCGAGAUUUUUACUAGUUAUUUAUGAAAACUAUUAGAAACAAUGUCGAUGGAUGUUGACAAUGAAUUAGAAGGCAUUCUGCUACAGCAGUUUAGUUCAUUGGGGACGACGGACAAGGAAGUACUGAUAGCCAAAUUCCAAGAACUUUUGGGCGAUCAGCUGAAUCCUCCAGAAUGUGCUUUCUAUCUUGAUAUGAACAAUUGGAACCUGCAGGCAGCAAUAUGCUCCUACUAUGACUACCAACCCAGUGAACGACUCCCGAAGCUGACCUUUUUAAAAGAUGUAACCAUAGGUGAGGGGGAAGCGGUGCCUCCUAACACAACAUUUACAAAAACCUGGAAACUCGGGAAUUCUGGUGAGGAGGUGUGGCCGCCAGGCUGCCAGUUGAAAUUCUGCAGUGGUGACAACCUGGCCUCCACAGACCGGGUGCUGGUGGACGCCCUGCCGCCUCACAGCACAGCUGAGAUCAGUGUGGUGAUGCGGUCCCCUGCAGAGGACGGCACAUACCAGGCACAGUGGAGAAUGUGCACUGCCACUGGUUUGUUCUUUGGAGAGACUAUUUGGGUGAUUGUGCGAGUAGCAGAAGGUGGUUUGCUAGGUGUGACUCAACAGUUAUCCCGGUUUGGAAGUGACUUUGUGCAAAAUCCCUACCCAGUAAGUGGUGCAAACCCAUUCCUAUCUCCCAGUAAAUCAAACCAAUCUGACACUGACAGUGCACACAUGCGAUCAGCUUUCCAUUCCCCCAACAAUUCUCUUGUGGCACAACAUGGGAGCCCGUACAUUGACCAACUAAGCCCAAGUCCAACUCUGACCUCACAUCAAGGGUCCAAUGGCGUAAAUACACCUGCCAGAUCUCUCUUUCAGGAAAGCAGUGCCAACUGCACCUCAGAAGACUGUGAUACUAUAGAGGAAAUGUCCUAGCAGACUGCAAUGACCUUGUUUGUUGAUACAUACUCAGCUGAUUGCUCAUGUUCAGAUUAAAACCAAAGUGUAGGACUACCAUACAUGUAUUUGGUGCAUGAACAAACUUGCUGAAAGGUGAAGUUCAAAAUCUUUGUUUGCCAUUUAAUUGUUUUCAUGUGAACAGAAUGUAAGUGUACUAAAAUGAAGUUUGAUCUCAAAUUCUAGUUUAGCUGUCAUUUUGUCUGUUCUACAAUUUGUCCUUGUAUUUUGCACUAUGUGUAAUACUUGCAAGUAUCAUUUAUGGCAAAGGAAAACUAUUUGUGUACAAGUUUGUGAACCAUGAGCGCUAGUGGUUGUUUAAUAUUUUUCCAGUACCAUGUAAGCUCUUCCUGCUAUUUCUAAGGUCUGACAGACGAAACUAGGUACUCUCUUUUUAUGCUUAUCCAUAGUGAUAUGAAAUAAUCUGUAUUUCUUCAUUGGUUUUGUUUUCCUUGAAAUCAAUAUAUAUACGGGGCGAUCUUGGAAAACCGGAAAUUAUUCUUGGGCAUAAUGUUCUAACAGACUAAUCAGUGACAACUCUUUCCGCAUUUUUAUGUGUAAAUGAGUUUUCUUCUGAACAAAAAUCAUGUCUAAGCAGAAAGUGUUGUCUCUGAUUAGCCUGUGUGGCUAACAAGGGGCUGUAGCUUUAUGUACAUGCACCCAACCCUGUUUUCUCAGACCUUGGCUAAUAGUUAAAGGAGCCUUAUGUAGAAUCCAAUUCAGGUUAUGUCUAAAGGCCUGUUAGUCUAUCACAUGUUAUAGUUCAGUACCAAUCAAUGUUUGUGUAGAAUAAACUGGCUGAAAAUGAAA